AUGUCGAACAGUGUAAUAACCAAAAUAGGCCCAUAUUCGCUCCUAACCAAAGAUAAAAAAGAAGACACAAACUCAACCAAAUAUCAGACUCGAGAGGAAAUGGAAGGGGCUUUAAUUAGCACUCUUCUGGAUAUAGGAUACGAAUACAGACCAGAUCUAAAUAACGAAAAAGCAUUAAUAGACAACCUGAGAAUUCCAGCAGUACAAAAAGUUCUGUUUGUUGUAGACCGAAAGGACCUAGAUCACCAAACCUGCAAAGAAUACGAAAACUACUCCAAAGGAUCGGUUGACGGAACCAAGAACUCUACAGACCUAGAGAACAAACUUCUGGAUCCCAUCAAGAGCAAGAAAAUAAUUGUAACCACCAUACAGAAACUAUCCAGAUUGUUUGGAAGCGAUGGAAGACUUAAGAACAAAUACUUUGACGAAAAAAUUGUAAUCAUCAUAGAUGAGUGCCACCGUAGCCAAGCGGGGAAAAUGCAUGAGUCCAUAAUACAACACUUUCGCAACGCCAAUAUCUUUGGUUUCACCGGAACUCCUAUCAUGCGAGAUGAAGAGGAGGGGCCAGCCAACACUAGUGAGAUAUUCGGACAAUGUCUACACAGCUACAAGAUAUGUGAUGCCAUCAUAGACGCCAACGUGUUACCUUUCCACUACGAGUGA